AGGUUGAAGAAAACGGAGAAGGUUUAGCGGCAAAGUUUACGGCUAAGUUAGAAGCAGAUAACUACGUUGACGCCACACUGUUUCGUUAACUUUCUACUUUCCGUCACCAACUCUCACUCUCUUUUUUGUUCCCUUUUUUUCUUUUUAUUCAUAUUUAUUUUAUUCUCCUUUUGUUCUUCACCUUCGCGCCACUUUCUCUUUCUUCUUCUCCUUCGCCUUCUUCUUUCUAAGCUAGUUAGCUGUGUAGAGGAGAAAUUGUUUGGAUGAAAAAGGGUAAGGUGGUCCGUUCGGAUGACGAGGCUGAGGGUGAGGCCCAGCUUAACUCUGUGUCUAAUUACCAUCUUGAAGAUGAGGAUUCUGAGCCAGUUUCUUUUGCUGCAUUACCAAUUCAAUGGGGUAAUAAAACUGUCAAGAAUUCUGGUCGAACCGAAGAGAGGGUGUUCCUACAUGGCUCCACGGAUGAGGGGCUGAAGGCAGUUAUGGUGCAGGUCACAGCAUGGAGAUUUAAUCUUUCUAGAGCAAAACCUGUGAUAUCAUUGCUAUCAUCAAAAGAGAAAAAUUGGAUUGAGCUGAAGAAGCCAAGGAAUAGCUAUCUUGAUACUAUAAGGACCAUUCUGAUCACCGUUCACUUCCUGCAUCUAGUAAAGAGAAAUCCCAAGACAUCAGCCAAUUCUGUCUGGGGUAACAUGUUUAAGAAUAGGGAAUUUAGCUUAUCUAAGUCUAAGCCUUCAGAAAAAGAUUUGCUGGACCAUAUGCAUCUGAUUGAUGAAGCUGCCAAAAGAGAUGCUGUCUUAGCUAAGUCCCAGCUUUUGCUCUCCGUUUUGAAGGCGAAAGUGGGGAAUAAAAAUCUUUCUAACAAGGAAGUUAAAGAUUUGGUACAGCCUGAAGAGUCUGAAGAAGAGGAUGAUUCGUCUCAUGAAGUUUGUGUGAUUUGUGAUGAUGGUGGUAAUCUUACAUGUUGCGAAGGACCAUGCAUGAGAUCAUUUCAUGCGAGAAAGAUGGAUGGUAAAGGAUCUAAGUGUGCUUCUCUUGGUUUCUCUCAGAAGGAGCGGAUCCCGAGCUUUUAUUGUAAGAAUUGUUUAUAUAAUCAGCAUCAGUGCUUUGCAUGUGGCAAGCUGGGAUCUUCUGAUAAAGUUAACGGUGCUGAGGUCUUUAAAUGUGCUUCUGCAACCUGUGAAUACUUCUAUCAUCCACAUUGUGUUGCCAAGUUACUUUCCCAGAUAAAUAACCAUGAUGCAGAGGAGCUUGAGAGAAACAUUUCUGGCGCAAAUUCUUUCACCUGUCCUGUUCAUUAUUGCUGUGUCUGUAAAGAAGUUGAAAAUGUAAUGAAACCUGAGCUGCAAUUGGCUGUUUGUAGACGUUGUCCGAAAUCAUAUCACCGCAAAUGUUUGCCAAGAGAGAUUGCUUUUGAGGACGAUGAUGAUGAUGAUGUUAUCAUAAGGGCUUGGGAAGGUCUUUUGCCAAACAAACGCAUUCUUAUUUAUUGCCUGAAUCAUGAUAUUGAUGAAAUAUUAGGGACCCCUCUAAGAGAUCAUAUAAUAUUCCCCUAUGAAGAAGAUACUGUCCAAGAAAUUAAUGACAAUAAUGGGAAGAUGAAGCCUGCAACCAAAGAGGGAGUUAGGCCAACUAAGAAAAAUGGUGAUGUAGAUAAUGGAAAAUCCAGUUGUUCGACUGAAAAUGUCAACAGAUCUAAAGUGACUGGAAAGCUGUCUCCUGGAGAAGUUGGUAGCAAGAACAGUCCUGAAAAGAUGAGUUCUGGUUCAAAUAUUGCAAAUAAACCAGAAGCUAAUAGAAAAUCUGGUUGUUUGACCAAGGAUACUACUGGAUCUAAAGCGACUCCAAAGCGCUCUGCUGGGAAAGGUGGUGUCAAGAACAAUACUGGAAAGAAGACUUCCCCUUCAAAGAUUACAAAGCAACCAAAAGCUAAUGGAAAGCCAUCUGGGGAAGUUUUUGCAAAGAACAGUUCUGAAAAGGCAAUCUCUGGUUCGACUAUUGCGAAGCAACCAAAAGCUAACGGAAAAUCCGGUUCUGGUUUGACUGAAAAUAGCGCAACGAUUCCAAAGAAAUCUGAAAUGUCCGAGGAUAGCCAGCCCAUACGAGCUCUUUUGGUGAAGGAUUCCAAGCAAACUAAUCCAGUUAGUAAGGGAAAGCCACCCCUAUUGUCCCUUUUGAAACACAAGGCUAUAGCCAAGGAGCUACGUGAGCAGCAAUCUGGCCAACAUCGAGUUGCAGAGAUGGAAAGCCGCAAUGCUGAAUGUUUGCCUGCUGAUAGGAAUACGGAUGAUAAUUGUGGGGACAACAUCAUGCCAAGCCAAGAACCCCCAAAGUCACCUGAUGGUGAAAAAGACCAAGCAUCCGUGAAUGGACACAGGAAAAGAAGCUCACAUCAUUUUAAGGAUGACCAAGAUAACCAAGAGGGACCUGAAUGUAAGAAGAGCAAGUCCGAGAAGACAUCGUCAACCAAAAGGAAACACAGCGAGGAAAAUGAUGGAAGUGGCGUCAGUGUGGUCUCAUCAGCCAAAAGGCAGACUGUAGAGGAACAACAUAGGGAGGAGGAGGAUCAGUGCCAGAUAGAGUCAAAUACAAGGCAAAGUGUUGGCAACAUGGCUUAUAAUUAUGCCAGACCAGUUUCAGCAUUUGAGUCAUCUUAUAAAGCGACUCCUGCAGAUGUUGAUGAGGAAAAUAGGAUGUCCGUGCUUUAUGGUUUUGCAGCUGGUCCUAACGUUGAAUAUGCCAGCACGCAUUCAGCAGGUUGGAUUGAUGAUGAUGAUGAUGAUGAUGAUGAGGAUGAUGAUGAGUAGUUACAGCGUAUGUUCGUUGUUUUUUAAUAAUCUCAAUAAGGGAAUGACUUUAAGGGACGAACUAGUCUUUUAGAUCUUAAUGAUAUCCAUGUAAAAAAAUAUAAAAUAAUUUUAGAAAAUGUUUAUGUUAUCCUUUUCUCUA